AUGAAGUGGUACCAGAUCGCCGCUCUCGCCGCGCCUGCGCAGGCCGCACUACGCUUCGGAUGUUCGACGUUGAGCAUUCAGCGCCUUGAUCCGCUCGUUGAGCCAGGCAAACUUCCUUCCGCUCACGUUCACCAAAUCGUCGGCGGCAAUGCCUUCAACGCGACAAUGCAGGAAGACCCAUCUACGAUAGCUACCUGCACUACAUGCACAUUCUCCGAGGACUUUAGGUACGACAUCGGCUUCAGUCUUCUGUCCACUAUUUUUAAUAAACGUAGCAACUACUGGACUGCAGCUAUGUUCUUCAAACAUACCAACGGCUCGUACAAACGGGUACCUAUAAUGCAGAAUGCUGCCUUGCCCAACGGCAUCAACGGUGGCAUGACCAUCUAUUACACACAACAAGAUUUCAACAGCAAUGGUAACCAGAAGAUAACAGCGUUCCCCAAGGGCUUCCGAAUGACUGUAGGAUCUCCCACUACCAACACGGUAGAAGAUGCGAAGAAGCACCCAGGCCUACGCUUCGUUUGUCUGCAAGACAAGAACACUCGUUUUCCCGAGUCCCCAGACUUCCCACCUAAGGCCUGCAAAGGCGGCAUUAUGACUGUGCAUCAUUUCCCGUCUUGCUGGGAUGGUAAGAACGUCGAUUCUCCCAACCACCAAGACCACAUGUACAACACAGCCAAAGAAGCCUUCAGUCCCGCCGGUGCAUGCCCAUCUUCUCACCCGGUCCGCAUGCCACAAGUCGCGUACGAGACGCUUUGGGAUACUACGCAGUUUAGCAACAUGUGGCCCAAGGAUGGCUCCAACCCUUUCUUCCUUUCUUACAACGACAACAAAGGCUACGGUACUCAUGCGGAUUACCUCUUUGGCUGGAAAGACGAUAGUCUGCAGAAGGCUAUGGAUAACAGCUGCAUGUUCCAAGCGUGCGAGAAUGGAAGGCCGUUGAAAAGCCAGAACGUCCAGGCGAUGAACAAGUGCCAGGUCAAGAGCGCUAUCAAGGAGGACUUGGAUGGAUGGCUCGACCAUCUGCCAGGUAUGGCGAUGUAG